AUGACUUCAAGUCCACAUUCUGAAAGAAGCCCAUCUGCUUCCCCCCGGCUCUUUUCUGAAGUCCCCACGCCAGACAGCGAGACGGAUGAGCUGUUUGACUCAUUGACACCGGUCGGUGAUGGCGAGGAGUAUGUCCUUGUCACCGGAGGCCUAGGGUUCAUCGGCAGCCAUACCUGUCUAGAGCUGCUGAAAGCGGGAUACAAUGUUCUUAUCGUCGAUGACCUGAGUAACAGCUACCGUCAUGUCUUUUCCCGGAUCCUGCUGGCCGCGAAACUGCACUUUGGCGGCACGAAUGGCCAUUGUCCCAAGGCGACGCUGUACGAUGUCGACUACCGCGACAUGUCCGCCAUGCGGAACCUGCUCGACCGCUACAUGCUCAACCCAUCCACAAGGCAAUCAAGCGUCAUUGGAGUCAUCCACUUUGCCGCCUUCAAGCAAGUCGAAGAGAGCAUCCAUACCCCACUCAAGUACUACCGCAACAACAUCAACGGGCUCGUCGACCUCCUCUUCCUGCUAGACCAGUACCGCAUCACCACCUUCAUCUUUUCCUCGUCUGCAAACGUCUACGGCAAACUAGCCGAGAACCGCCCCAUCCUCCGCGAAGAAGAAUGCACCCACCAACCGGAACUCAACCAGCCAGCUGCGUCUCACCCCUCCGAAACCAACAUCUCCCAAAUCACAAACCCCUACGGCCGCACCAAGCUCUUCGGCGAAGCCGUCCUCGCCGACCUGGCCCGCGCAAACCCCGCCUGGACCAUCGUCGCCCUACGGUACUUCAACCCAAUCGGCUGCGACGCGUCGGGCCUCCUAGGCGAAGACCCGAAAGUCAAUCCCUCGAACCUCGUCCCAGCCGUCGUGGACAUCCUCACCGGGAAGCGAGACGAGCUCCUCAUCUACGGGAGUGACUGGGAUACAGCGGACGGGACCCCGAUCCGGGAUUUCAUCCACAUCACGGACCUGGCGAGGGGCCACACGGCGGCGUUGGCUGCGGCGCGGGAGGGCCGCGUGCGGGAUGGGUUUCGCACGUUUAAUCUUGGGACGGGAUGUGGGCAUUCCGUGUUGGAGUUGGUGCAGACACUGGAAGACGUGUCGGGGCGGCCGGUUCCGAGACGGGUGGUGGGGAGGAGACCGGGGGAUGUUGGGUCGUGUGUUGCCAGUGCGGAGCGGGCAGCGGUGGAGUUGGGAUGGACGACGGAGAAGUCGUUGAGAGAUGCUUGUGAGGAUUUAUGGAGUUAUCUGCAGGACUAA